GCUCGGAUGUACAUCGGAGCGAGCUCCUCGUCACGUUUUCCCUCGGUCCGGAAAGACGCGACAGCAUGGACAACCUCGGCAUGGUGCUGGACAAGAAGUCCUCCGUUAUCAACCUUCAACACGAGCCUUUCAACACCUCAUCGACGUUAAAAUUGACUGACGAAAAUGGAAAGUCGAUGAAGCCGUCAAAACUUGACCCUGACCUCUAUGAUCCUUUCUCCAACAGAGAUAUGACACAUGCCACACCUGACAGUGGAGCCUUGCUACAUCUACUCAAAAGCAGUUUGGGCUCCGGAAUCUUGGCGAUGCCCAACGCCUUCAAGAACGGCGGUCUAGGGUUCGGCAUAGUCGGCACUGUCAUAGUCGGAAUCAUCUGCACACACUGCGUCCAGAUGCUGGUUUGGUGUUCCCAAAUCCUCUCUGUAAGAAUAAAAAAACCGAGCUUGGGGUUCGCCGAAACGGCUGAGGUAGCCUUCCAGACCGGCCCACCACGACUCAAGAUCUGGGCUUCCUUCGCAAGGGAAUUCGUGAACCUCUCACUCUUUUGCACAUACUACUUCGGAAAUACCGUCUACGUAGUUUUUGUCGCAUCUUCAUUUAAACAGGUGAUAGACAUGCACGCAGAAGCAGAUAUCAACAUCCGCCUGUACAUCCUGCUGCUGACCAUCCCUCUGAUCCCCCUGGGUAUCAUAAGGACACUCAAGUACCUGGUGCCCUUCUCUGCCCUCGCCACAGCAUUCAUCAUGUUCGGUCUGGCCAUCACAUUGUGGUACACCCUCACUGACCUGCCUCCCCUAGAAACCCGCCACAACUUCAGCAGUAUCAAGCAACUACCCCUGUUCUUCUCCACAGUACUCUUCGCCAUGGAGGGAAUUGGCACAGUGCUGCCCAUUGAGAACUCCAUGAAGAACCCUGAGCACUUCUUAGGGUGUCCGGGAGUGCUGAAUAUCGCCAUGACUGUCGUUGUCUGCUUGUACACCUUCGUAGGGUUUUGCGGCUACCUCAAGUACGGAGAGGCCACCAAGGGCAGUGUUACGCUUAACUUGCCCUAUGACAUGCUGGGGGAGAGUGUGAAAGUGCUGGUUGCUUUGUCCAUCCUGUUCACGUACGGACUGCAGUUCACUGUGCCAUCGGAGAUUGUGUGGAAGAAGAUCAGCCACAAGGUGAAGGAAGAGCACCACGACAAGUGCUACUAUGUUAUGCGAGCUCUGAUGAUCAUCGGAACAGUGUUGAUAGCCAUCGCUCUGCCAGACCUGGAACCCUUCAUCUCCCUUGUAGGUGCCAUCUGCUUCUCCAUCCUGGGAUUGCUCUGUCCAGCCAUCAUCGAGAUCAUUACCUUCUGGGAGGAACCUGAAUACUUCGGCCUUCUCAAGUGGCGUCUCCUCAAGGACCUCAUCCUCAUCCUCAUGUCCAUCUUUGCCCUUGUAUCAGGAACAUACGCUAGUGUCAGCAAGAUCAUCGAGUCCUACCAAACUGGCCUUCUCUAAACUCCUCUAGACCACGAGUGUUGGCUCCCUCACACUUAGAAACUAACCCAUAUGUUGGUAUCUAUUUACCGCAAAUCAAUGGUGCUGGAAUGUGAACUGUUUGGUACAAACCUGUAAUUGCCAUAAAACGGUAAAACGGAUUUUGAUGACCAGCCUGUUCAUGGUUAUAAGAGAAGCAAAAUCCAAUUUUAUUGCUCAACUCAGGUUAUGAAAGGUACUACAGGUUUCUACAUUUUUAAGGUCUGUUGUAGCUUUUAAGUGAACGUGAAUAAAAAUAACCUCUAAGAAGGAAAGAUGAAUUCCAACUCAAAAUCCAAAAUCAAUGAGACAUUGUCAAGGCAUUUGGCACCAAUUUAUUUUACUAAUUACUACAAUAUUGUAAUCAACGAUAUCGUAAUAUCAACUAAACAUCUAUUGUACUGUUGUUGAAAUAUCUCUACAUACAUGAGAGGUAUAUAAAUGCCGGCUCUUGAAGGAAACACUCUCAGUGUACAUACAGGGUGAUUACGGGCAACAAAUAUUUCUGGGAAUUAACAUCAGAAAAUAACUUAAUAGGACAUAUGCUCAAAAAUGUUUGAUUUUUGGUCUAACUGUGUUUUUAGACAUUUUUUUAUUCAUCAAAAGUUCUUUUAUUGAGACAGAGCAUUCAAAUUUGGUGUAUUUGUCAUUAUCAUAUGUUUUUUUUCACAAAAAUGAAUAAGUAAAUCACAUUGUGUUAGGUCUUAAGAGGAAAUUGUGAAUAGAUAUAUCUACCAAUAUAAAUAGUUUUAUUUUAUAAGUGAGUACAAACAAAAUGUUUUUUAUGAAUUGCACAAUGAUGAUGGUUUGACAUGUUAUUAGCAGAUGCAUAUGUUGAGGUAUUUUUUUCUUUCAGUGCUCUGAACAAAGUCGUGAGAUAUUUGUCACCAUUAUUGUAACACUCUGUAUAUUGGUGUUAUGACUGAUUAUUACUGGAAAUAAUCAAACAAAUAUUGUAUUAUCAUAAUUUUUAAUCAUACCCAGUUUUAAAAUGUGGUUCAACCUUAUUUGAAACUCAUGAUGUUGCAUAUUAAAUUUUUAAAUUGAGUAACCAUAAAAAUUACUAUUAAAACCAUUUAACUCUAGAAUUUUUAAAUUAUUAGUCAGUAAUUGAACAAAAUUGUACUUCUUUUUAAAAUGUUCUAGUUCUAUUGGUUCAUAACAAUUUUUGAACUCAAUGUGAACAUUUUAAAUAACUAAACUUCUUUAUCUAUAUCAUAUUUUAUAGCCAUCCUUCUCUCCUGCAUAUCCCAAUAAUCAACUUAAAACUCAUAUAUGAGUAGUAAUCACCUUUCUUCUUCUAUUGAUUCAUUUUGAAAUAUAAGUGAUAUUUGUUGUACUAUAC